UUUGGGGGAGACGAUCACCCACAAGCUGGCUCACCCCGUCCCUGGUCACAGCAGCAGCAGCAUCAGCAGCAGCCUGGUGUCCCCUCUGCCACCCCCGUGGAGGACUGGGAACAGCAGAAGGAUGGCAUCAGAACUGGCAAUGAGCAGCUCCGACCUGCCCACCAGUCCCCUGGCCAUGGAAUAUGUUAAUGACUUCGAUCUGAUGAAGUUCGAAGUGAAAAAGGAGCCGGUGGAGACCGACCGCAUCAUCAGCCAGUGCGGCCGCCUGAUCGCCGGGGGAUCGCUGUCUUCCACCCCGAUGAGCACGCCCUGCAGCUCGGUGCCCCCUUCCCCGAGCUUCUCGGCGCCCAGCCCGAGCUCCGGCAGCGACCAGAAGAGCCACCUGGAAGACUACUACUGGAUGACCGGCUACCCCCAGCAGAUCAACCCGGAGGCUUUGGGGUUCAGCCCGGAGGACGCCGUGGAAGCGCUGAUCAGCAGCAACACCCAGCAGCAGCAACAACAGCAGCAGCAGCUCCAGGGCUACGAUGGCUUCGCCCGGGGGCAGCAGUACGGCUCUUCGGGGGCCAUGCCCGGGGAAGAGCUGGGCUCAGCCGCCGCGGUGGUCUCCGCAGUGAUCGCAGCCGCCCAGAACGGGGCACCCCAUCACCACCACCAUCACCACCACCUCCCCGGGGGUCACGGCGCAGGGGGAGGUGGGGUGCAGCUAUCUCCCGGGGGAGGCGGCGGCAGCGGAGUGUCCCCGUCUUCCUCCGGGCUGCACCAGCCGCCCCACCACCAUCACCACCACCAUCACCACCUGCACUUCGACGAUCGCUUCUCCGACGAGCAGCUGGUCACCAUGUCCGUGCGGGAGCUCAACCGGCAGCUCCGGGGGGUGAGCAAGGAGGAGGUGAUCCGGCUGAAGCAGAAGAGGAGGACCCUGAAGAACCGGGGCUAUGCCCAGUCCUGCCGCUUCAAGAGGGUGCAGCAGAGGCACGUCCUGGAGUCCGAGAAGAACCAGCUGCUGCAGCAAGUGGAGCACCUCAAGCAGGAGAUCUCCAGGCUGCUCCGGGAGAGGGACGCCUACAAGGAAAAGUACGAGAAGCUCUUGGGAAGCGGCUUCCGAGAAAACGGCUCCAGCAACAGUGAAAACCCCUCCUCACCGGAAUAUUUCAUGUCAUGAGUUUAUGAGCUUGCUGUGUCAAAGACAGAAAGAAAGAGAAAAAGCAGAAUUGUUGCCAUCCUGAGUCCUUCAUAUGAGCUUGCAAUAAAAAAAAAAAAAUGUGAAUUUUUAGACUGUCUCGCUGAAUUCAUCAUUUUGUGAGUUGCUGACCUAAAACAAAUUUUAAAAAAAUAAGAGGAGAUGACGUGUAAAGCAACCUGCCAAAAUGAAGCCUUCAUCUAAACUUCAGUUUUUCAUGUGACUGUAUGGCCCAGAAUGACUGAAACUGGCCUGCCAUUAAA